AUGAAAGUUCCAGAUGGUGUUCCAAAUCCUCAAAACCAGGUAUGUUUACUUCAAAAAUCUUUAUAUGGUCUUAAGCAAUCAUCAAGGCAAUGGUUUCAUAAAUUACUAAUUUUUUUAAAAGCUCAAGAUUUUGUUCAAUCUAAAAAUGAUUAUAGUCUUUUCAUUAAGAAGGAUAGUACAAAUAUUACAAUUGUUGCUGUGUAUGUUGAUGAUAUUAUUAUCACUGGCAAUAAUAUUGGUUGCAUCUCUCAACUCAAAGCCCAUCUCCAUGAUGCUUUUAGUAUUAAAGACUUAGGCAUUUUGCAUUAUUUUUUAGGCUUGGAAGUUAACUAUAUUGAUGAAGGUAUUUUUCUUUCACAAACAAAGUUCACCAAAGAUCUCCUCAAAGAAUCCAAAAAUCAAAGUUUCAAAUCUGUUGUCACUCCCCUUCCACAAAAUCUAAAAUUAUCUAAUACUGAGGGACAAUUAUAUGAGGCUGCCAGUUAUUAUAGAACAAUGGUUGGUAAACUAAAUUUUUUAACUAACACUAGGCCAGACCUAGCCUUUACUGUCCAAUAUCUUAGCCAAUUUAUGCAGAAUCCUCGCAUCCCACAUGCUGCAGCCCUGCAACAUACAUUGAAUUAUGUUUACAGUACAGCAAGCCAAGGUAUUCUCAUCAAGGGCUCUGAUCAAUUACAACUCCAAGCUUACUCUGAUUCAGAUUGGGCUUCAUGUCCAAAUAGCAGAAGAUCCAUCACAGGCUACAUCUUGUUAUUGGGCUCCUCUCCAAUAAGCUGGAAAUCCAAGAAGCAAGGGACAGUAUCAAGAUCAUCCAGUGAAGCUGAGUACAGAGCAAUGGCAUCUGCAGCAAGUGAAGUCACUUGGCUUGUAAGACUCUUAGAAGAACUUCAACUCACUUCUUUGAAGCCGGUUCUUCUGCAUUGUGACAACAUAAGCGCCAUACAUAUUGCCAAGAACCCUGUAUUCCAUGAACGAACGAAGCAUAUCGACAUAGAUUGUCACUUCACUAGAGACAAGGUUCUAGAGGGUCUUCUUCAGCUGACUUAUCUACCAACCAAGAAUCAAUUGGCUGACGUUUUGACCAAAAUUUUGCCAUCACACCAGCAUUAUCAGUUGAUGAGCAAACUAGGCAUGUCCUCCCUUCCUAGUUUGAGGGGGGGUGUUAAUAAUAUAGGAUAUAAUCCUAUUAAUUCUAAUAAAAAGGGAUGA